CAUUUCAAGAAGCAGGUGUCGUAGCGUCUGAGCAAAUCAACCGUUAGCGGUGACCAUGAAUGACACACGGCCCUAUGAGACGGACUUACUCUUUCAGCUCGUUGCAUUCUGGGGCAAGUGAUUGAGACAUUUUGAAUAGGCCCCAGGCCUCGGUAGAAAGAACAAUGAAGCAAUGCUAGGGGAUUUUUGAAAUGACAGAGCCGUGUUGCGCCUGGAUGUAUUGCACUGCGAUGGCAAAUCCAGGAAACGAUGCCGCGUGUUUCGGCAGCCAGCCGGCAGUCUCGAUAUAGGUGAACUCGUGACUCCAGAAGAACUCCCAACAGAGGAAAAGCUUGGGCCAAGUUGCUAUCGAAUGGAAGGAAGCUUAGGUAGCGACUCUGAUUUUCUCCCAAAUAAAACUUCGGCUUUGCAAGUUGGAACUUCAAAUCUUUCUUGACAUCUCAUCACUCUUAAACGCCACCAAACUCCAACACAUGUGAGGUGACCUCCAACUGCCAAGCGAGAGAGGAGAGCCAGAUCUUAUCUUAUCGGCCACACACCUCUUUUGAGGGUACUUCCGCAGACAGCAAUAAAUCCCAGCAAUUACAAGUACCACGCUACUCUCAAAGCUGCUUAGCGUCGCAUCCACCCUGCCAAAGCGGAUCCACCGAAAAGUUCAGGACUGCCCGUUUUGAAAACAACCAGAAAGCCACCACCUGCUGCGCAAGACAACCACCCCAUCACUGGCAAAAGGCAGGACCGUUUGCGACAUCAACAACAGGAUGGAGUCAUCACAAGAUUACAACUCUCUCCGAGAGGCCAUCCAACCCGCCCUCGUCACCGUCACUCGAUCAGCCGGCGUCGUCGCAAACGAGGAUCUCCAAUUCCAGCGCACCGUCCGCCCAUCCGUCGGCGACAAGCUCGACAAGACCGCCGAUCGCAUGCUGGGCUUGGUCAACGGGUUGCUCAAGUCUUCCUCCAAGGUGACGGGACAGUCGACGACCAAGCUGGAGGAUAUCGACGAUAUCGAGAUCAAGUGGAGAGGCAUCGUCGACGUGAUCGAUUCGUUCCUUGAGAAGGCCGACACCUGCCUUGACGAGUACACCGGUUUGAUCAAGAGAAAGAAUGCGCCCACUGUCGAAGAAGGCCGCGACCCCAAGCGAUCGAAAUCGACGGCGCCGCUCGACUGGUCUCUCAAGCGCGCCAACAUUGUCAAGCCCCAGAAUGGGUUCGAGAAGAAGCCCAAUAAUUUUGACAAGGGGCCGUGGAAGCCCAUCUUGACGAAGAAGCCACAUGCGAUUGUUCCGUUGGAGCAGUCUUUCAGCACCAUUCUUAAUGAAGACCACACUACCCAAUACCAGAAUCCUUACCAGCCCGAAAUCGAAGCGAUGAAAUACCCCAGCCAUGUGUUCGAGUCAAGAGAGCCGAUCAAGUACCUCGACGUCGAGAGCACCAAGCCGAUUUGGGUGGACACGUGGGAGGGAGUGCUGGAGAUGGUCGAGGAGCUGAAGAAGGCGAGGGAGAUUGCGAUUGAUUUGGAGCAUCAUGACUUUCGGACUUAUACGGGUCUGUUGUCGCUCAUGCAGAUCAGCACGAGGGAGAAGGAUUGGAUUGUGGACACUUUGGUGCCGUGGAGGCACAGGUUGGAGGUGCUGAAUGAGGUUUUUGCUGACCCGGGGAUUGUGAAGGUUUUCCAUGGGGCGUUUAUGGAUGUGGUGUGGCUGCAGAGGGACUUGGGGGUGUACGUGGUGGGGUUGUUUGACACGCAUCAUGCGUCGACUGUGUUGGGGUAUGGGGGGGGGAGUUUGGCUUUUUUGCUGAAGAAGUUUGUGGGGUUUGAGGCGGAUAAGAGGUGGCAGCUGGCUGAUUGGAGGAUUAGGCCGUUGCCGGCGGAGAUGCUGUAUUAUGCCCGGGCUGAUACGCAUUACUUGCUUUAUGUCUACGACAUGAUCCGGAAUGAUCUUGCUGCCGCGGCGCACACUGUCCAUCCGGAUGGGAAGCCGAUUGAGCGGGUGAUUGCCAAGUCCAAGAAGACUGCUUUGUCUAGGUACGAGAACCCUGCUUUUGACGAGGAGACUGGGCUGGGGGAUCGGGGGUGGUAUAACUACCUUGCGAGGUCGAGUUAUGUCUACAACAAGGAAGAGUUUGCGGUUUUUAGGGCGUUGUGGAACUGGAGGGAUAAGACGGCAAGGGAAGAGGACGAGAGCACGGGGUUUGUGAUGAAGGAACAUGUCAUGGCGGAGAUUGUGAGGGUUAUGCCUAGUGACAAGAAGGCGCUUUGGAGCUUGCUGGAUGGGCACGCGAGGAAUUUGAAGGGGAGGCUGGACGAGUUGUUUGGGGUUGUGCAGGAGGGGAGGGAGAAGGGGCUUGCCGGGGGGUUGAGUUUGUUGCAGUUUCUUAGUGAGGGGAGUGGUUUGGCGCAGGCGCAGGUUGUGCCCAAGGCGCAGAAGGAGGAGGCGGUGGAUAUAAAGGAGUUGAGGAGUGAGAAGUCGCAGUUGUGGGGGAGUGUGCCGUUGAGUUCGGCUUGGGAGGAUAAGGGGGGGAAGAAGGAGGGUGAGGAUGAUGAGGUGCUGGAGCUUCCUCUUUACUAUAGCGCUGCGCAAGAGGAGGAGGAGGUUGGGGGUGGUGAUGGGGAGGAGAGGGUUCCCGUGCUCAAGUCUGCUGCUGAGGUUGAUGGUCAGGAGGAGCAGGAGCAGGAGAAUCAGGAGUUUACACUCAAGACGGGGAGAAAGCGCAAGGCGAGUGAGGCGGAUGUGUACUCUGGUCCGGAGGAGCAAGUGGAGGAUGAGGAAGAUGUUGAGGAGGAUGUGGAAAUGGAGGAUGCCACCACCCCUGCAGAUGGUGAACAAGAAGAUGACUCGGAAGAGGAGGAUGUCGAGGCGGCGAAGAAGACUGCUAAGCAGGAGAAGAAACUCAGAAGGAAGGCUGCUAAGAAGGCUAAGCGGGAGGCGGCUGCACAGGAGCAGGCUGAAGAGGGGGAGGAAAAGGAAGCGGAAGUGGAUGAGGAGGCGAGGAGGGAGGCGAAGAGGGCCGAGCGGAAGGCUAGGAAGGCUGCUAAGAGGGCUGCCAAGGCACAGGAGCAACAGCAGGAGGAAGGGGAGGAGGAGGAGGAGGAGGCGUUUGAUUACAGCAAGGCUGCUUCUGUGCUCAAGGCUGACGGGGGGGCGAGGUCGGAGUUUGAUGACAAGAGGAAGGGGAAGAAGGGGAAGAAGGAGAAGGUCUUUGAUCCGUAUGCUGCGAAGACGGGGUCGGAUUUGAAGGGGGUGAGGAAUAGGAAUUAUGAGAGGGCGGGGAGGUCGGCUACUUUUAGGAAGUGAGAGAGUGUGAGGGUGGGUGAAUGGGUUUGCAUUGAUGAGGGAGUAGUGUUUGGGAGCAUUACUGUGUGGGAGUAGAUAUAGCAUUGCAUCGGAUACUUCAUUAGAAAUUGGUGUCGAGAAUUGAAGUUGAGUUUUGUCA